AUGGGCAACAAAGUCGCCGCCUCCUUCGGCAUCGUAAUGGCCAUCUUCAUCCUCCUCGCCCUAACCUUCUGGGGGUUCUCCGCAGCCAAACACUCACGCCACAACACAGCCUCCCACAAUGCACAACACCACGCUCAAGUAGACGCCUGGAUGACCCGUAUGCACAGAAAGACUUGGAGAACCUCUCACGUUGACCGUGAUGUAGAAAUACAAGUCCCCGUUGCUCAUCCUUCUUUGCCGCUGCAGCGUCCUGAAAGUGCGUAUAAGGGUCAGAAGGCAGUCACGCCGGCUGGCUUUUUCUAA